AUGAAAACUCUGCUUGAGGAUACAAUUUUGGCGUCUCUCAACAACAAGCAAUGUCAGGCAGUGACGUCACCCAGCUCAGGAGUUCUCCAGAUAAUUGCUGGACCAGGAACAGGAAAAACCAAGGUCAUCGUAUCGCGAGUUGCCUAUCUUUUACUUCAUGAAAGAAUCUCUCCACAGAAUAUAAUAGUGACUACCUUCACCAAGAAAGCCGCCAAUGAGAUGGUGGAGCGAUUGCGUGAGCUAUUUUGUGGCUCAGAAAUUCCUUUCGAGAAGCUCCUAAUCGGCACUUUUCACAGUAUCUGCUACAAAAUCAUUCAAAAGUAUGGUCAUUUGAUUGGUCUUACGAAUAUCUCUAUUGCAGAUGAGAAAGACUCAAUGCAGAUUCUAUCGAACGCAUUGACGUCAAAAAUAACCACUGAUCAGUGGAAGAGUAUCGAUGCCCUUUCUUCAGCAGUAACAGGCAAGUUCAAAACGAAAAACGAGGCCAAGGGCAAAUUCAAUGGAUAUGAUCCCAAAGCUUUCAAAAGACACAUUUCCAAGGCAAAAUCAGCAGGAUUGACGCCCGAAGACUACGACAAGCAGCAUCAGAAAAACGCGCUUUUGCUGGUUGUUUACCAGGCCUACCAAAAUGAGCUUCUUGCCAACAAAGUCUUGGACUUUGACGAUUGUCUCUUGUACUGCUUCAAAAUAGUCUCUUGCUUUCCAGUCUUGAGGCACGUUGAACACACCCUUGUUGAUGAAUUCCAAGACACAAAUGAAAUCCAGUUGCAGCUCAUGUACUGCUUUGCAAAAGGCGCUUCCCUACACUCGAAUGUGACAAUUGUAGGAGACCCCGAUCAGAGCAUUUAUGCAUUUAGAGAUGCACAAGCUGUAAACUUUGAAAAGAUGAGAGAUCACUACUUAAAGACAAGCGACCAGCCAUGUAAGAUUAUUACUUUGGAUGAGAACUAUAGAUCCACGUCGGACAUACUCCACAUUUCAGAGACUAUUAUGCGUCAACAGCCUGGAAGAGUUGUAAAAAACCUCACAUCCCAACUUGAGAAAUCCUUCAAACCAUUUCAUGCAGUUCUCGACUCCAGCGAGGAGGAAGCAAGAUGGAUCACACAUCAAGCGGAAUUUCUUGCGGGCUUACCGCAAGGUAUUUUUUCGUAUUCUGAUAUGGCUAUCUUGGUGCGUUCAGCAUUCCAAACAAGGCUGAUCGAAAACGAGCUCACAAGGAAAAAGAUUCCGUACUUCAUGGUACGUGGCAAAGCAUUUUGGGAGAGGAAAGAGGUCGUAGCUAUACUUGACUACCUCAGGUGUGUUACAAACAAAGACGACAAGUUGGCAUUCAUCAGGUGUGUAAAUUUUCCAAAACGUGGUCUUGGUCCUAAGGCGCUUGCAGACUUGGACUCAUUGAUUGACGGCGAGAGAAUGAGGAAACCGAAUCACUCGGUAUUUCUUACUUUACAGAGGAUCGCCACAGCAGAUUUGAAAUCGUCACUUGGGCCAAAAAUGAGGGACAGUUUGUUUCUGUUUUUACGUAUUAUUGAGGACACUCAUCAAAUUUUGCUCAAAGGAUUCGAAAUCGGAGCAGGGGACGAGAAAGCUGUUAUCGAGGAAGCAUUCAACAGCAUAUACAAAAACUCGAACAUCUUGAAAGAGUUUGAGGAAAAAGUGGACAUUGAGCUCAAUAUUGAGGAAGUGAAAGCACAACUUCUAGCCUUUGAGCUUCCUCCGGAAUUCCCAUUGCCGGAUUUAGCUGAGGCAGAAAUCCAAAACGUGGAUGAGAUUACGGGCCCUCUGUUCAUCAGAAAGUUUCUCGAACUGAUAUCGCUCUACGAUACCGAUCCAGGGAAGAGCGAGGAACAGCUUAAAAAGCCUAAAAUCUCCAUCUCCACAAUCCAUGGGUCGAAGGGUUUGGAAUGGCCGGUCGUCUUUGUACCUGGAGCGAGUGAGGGCCUUUUGCCUGCUUCAUUUGCCAUUGACGAAGCGAUACCCGAAACCGUCAACGAAGAACGCAGGUGCCUUUAUGUCGCUACAAGUAGAGCACAAACCCUCCUCUACAUAUCAGCAUAUACAGAGACCGAAAGCGGAGGUUGGCGGAAGCCCGUUGAAGAAUGUUCCAGGUUUAUGAAGAAAGCGGGUAAACAUUGCGCUACUCACUUGGAGCUCGACACUCAAGAGAAGUUGAAAACCUUGUUUGAGCUCAGGGGUUCGGAGUUGACCGCCCAUGGUUUUGAUGUCGAGGCUUAUCACGAGGAGUACACCCGAGGAUUGCUGGAAUAUGUCAAGAAGCAAACCUUUAGGUCUGGAGCUCAUGGAGAAUUCACGUCUGCCGGUAAAUUGAAUUACACACCAAGAGAAAACACGUUUAUCCAAAAGCCAGGCAUGUUUCCAAGAAAAAUUGGACAGGCAAAGAGCACCUUCCUAUAUCCCGGUUCGAAAUAA